GCGGAUGGACGCUUCAUGCUAGGAUGCUAAGGAUGACUGACGGCUGACUGUUUUUUUUUAUCGAAACAGGCUUCCAUAGAAAUGGUUGCCGUUAUUUAUAUUCAUUAAAUUAUUCGUAUGUUCAUAAUAAUUACGUUCACUUAACGGUUGGACGGACUCCAAAAUGGAAGCGGGUGAAGGUGCAAGCAGCGCCACGCCCACAGAUGAGAUGAAUGGAGCUGGCAACUUGAUGGACUUCCUGGAGGAACCUUUUCCUGAUGUUGCCACGUAUGAAGACUUUCAUACCAUCGACUGGCUGAGGGAGAAGUCACGAGACACUGACCGCCACCGCAAGAUCACCAGCAAAAGUAAAGAGUCGAUAUGGGAGCUGAUCAAGAGCCUGCUGGAUGCCUGGUCGGGAUGGGUUGUGAUGCUGCUCAUUGGACUCCUCUCAGGUACGCUGGCCGGAGUCAUUGACCUGGCAGUGGACUGGAUGACAGACCUGAAGGAGGGUGUGUGUCUGUCUGCCUUCUGGUACAGCCACGAGCAGUGCUGCUGGACAUCUAAUGAGACAACCUUUGACGACCGUGACAAGUGUCCACAGUGGCAGAAGUGGGCAGAGCUGAUGACAGGCCAUUCUGAGGGUGGUGGAGCGUAUGUGCUAAACUACUUCCUGUACAUCUUGUGGGCUCUUUUCUUCUCCUUCCUGGCUGUGUCACUCGUGCGAGUGUUUGCUCCGUAUGCUUGCGGCUCAGGAAUCCCAGAGAUCAAGACCAUCCUCAGUGGCUUCAUCAUCCGUGGUUAUUUGGGAAAAUGGACUCUGCUCAUCAAGACAGUCACGCUGGUGCUGGCAGUGUCAUCGGGCCUCAGCCUGGGGAAGGAGGGUCCUCUGGUUCAUGUUGCAUGCUGCUGUGGGAACCUCUUCUGCAGCCUCUUCUCCAAGUACAGCAAGAACGAGGGAAAGCGACGAGAGGUGUUAUCGGCUGCAGCGGCGGCUGGUGUGUCAGUGGCUUUUGGUGCACCAAUCGGAGGGGUUCUAUUCAGUCUGGAGGAGGUCAGCUACUACUUCCCUCUCAAGACUUUAUGGCGUUCGUUCUUUGCUGCACUAGUGGCUGCUUUCACCCUGCGCUCCAUCAACCCAUUUGGGAACAGCCGCCUGGUGCUGUUCUACGUGGAAUACCACACGCCGUGGUACAUGGCUGAGCUGGUGCCCUUUAUCAUGCUGGGCGUCUUUGGUGGCCUCUGGGGGACCCUCUUCAUCCGCGCCAAUAUUGCCUGGUGUCGGCGGAGGAAGACAACCCAGCUGGGGAAAUACCCGGUCCUGGAAGUCAUCGCUGUGACGGGCAUCACCGCCGUGCUGGCGUAUCCCAACCCAUACACACGGCGCAGUACCAGUGAGCUCAUCUCCGAGCUCUUCAACGACUGCGGAGCGCUCGAGUCAUCUCAGCUGUGCGACUACAUCAACAACCCUAAUAUGAGCCGACCUGUUGACGACAUCCCGGACCGCCCGGCUGGCCCCGGCGUUUACAACGCUCUGUGGCAGCUGGCGCUCGCUCUUGUCUUCAAGAUUGUCAUCACCAUCUUCACCUUUGGCAUGAAGAUCCCAUCAGGGCUCUUUAUUCCUAGCAUGGCGGUGGGUGCCAUUGCGGGGCGCAUCGUCGGCAUCGCCGUGGAGCAGAUGGCAUACCACCAUCAUGACUGGAUUAUCUUCAAAAACUGGUGCCGGCCUGGCGCAGACUGCGUCACACCUGGACUCUACGCCAUGGUGGGUGCCGCUGCCUGUCUGGGCGGCGUGACCAGGAUGACUGUCUCUUUGGUGGUCAUCAUGUUCGAGCUCACUGGUGGUCUGGAGUAUAUUGUUCCGCUGAUGGCAGCUGCUGUCACCAGCAAGUGGGUGGCUGAUGCCUUUGGGAAGGAAGGCAUCUAUGAGUCGCACAUCCAGCUCAAUGGUUAUCCUUACCUGGACGUCAGAGAUGAAUUCACCCACCGCACCUUGGCCGCUGAUGUGAUGCGGCCUCGCAGAAACGACCCACCGCUGGCCGUCCUCACGCAGGAUGCCACCACCGUGGAGGAUGUGGAGACGCUGAUCAAAGACACGGAUUAUAAUGGCUUCCCAGUCGUUGUGUCCCGAGAGUCUGAGCGGCUCAUUGGAUUUGUGCAGCGCAGAGACCUCACGCUCGCCAUCAAAAAUGCCCGUCAGAAACAAGAUGGCGUGGUGAGCAGCUCGGUGGUCUACUUCACAGAGGACGCGCCACAGUUGCUGGCCAGCACCCCGCAGCCGCUGAAGCUGCGUCGCAUACUCAACCUGAGCCCGUUUACCGUCACUGACCACACGCCCAUGGAGACAGUGGUGGACAUAUUCCGCAAGCUGGGUCUCCGCCAGUGUUUGGUCACACGCAGCGGGCGUCUGCUCGGCAUCAUCACCAAGAAGGAUGUUUUGCGUCACAUGGCUCAAAUGAUGAACCAGGAUCCAGAGUCCAUUAUGUUCAAUUAACUUUGUGACGUGCUGCCCCCUGUAAAAUUGUGAGAAUGCCCUCCCAGCUCUGAACAGGUCUGAGUCUCAGAUUUGGCUUGUAGCGCUUGUCACUCACGGCCUCCCCGUCGCUCAGCAGUCUCCGUCCAGAGGCUUUUUAUUUUUUGGGACAGCAGGUUUGCACAGUGCUCAUAUGUACGAAUGUGUGAAUGUUUGUGGUUCAAUUUGAGGAUGAAUGAUUUUUUUAAGGGUUGAACGACUAAAAAGAUUAAUUUACUGACUGAACUGAUUCUUUUAAUACUGUCACACGGGGGUGUCCAAACCUUCUCCGCCGAAAGGGCCACUGCAUAUUCCGCACACUUGCGACACACCAAUCCAGCGUAGGUUAACAUGUGCUAAACUAUCCAAACAAAAUAGCACUAACUUACUGGUGCGUUUUAGGUGAUAAAGCAAAUUCAUGGAAUAUGUAAUAAUAUAUCUCAUUCAUAAUUCAAUUUUCAGAAUGCAGUCGCUCUUGUCACUUUGCGCUUCGAAUUUUGUGGCUUAACGCUAUCAUGGUUUUUCAAAAUAUAAUUAAUAAAUCAUGCUGUUUGAGGUUGAUUACAGCGUAUUAUUCAAAAAUUUAAGCAUUUUCAAUCAUCAAAAUGGCCAAAUAGGCGUGUGCUGGAGCCUAUCCUGGUGAAUCACACUCUCAUUCAUACCUAUGGACAAUUUGGAGUCACCGAUUAACCUAAAAUGCAUGUUUUGGGGAUGUGGGAGGAAACCGGAGUUUCCCGAGAAAACCCACAUACGUAUGGGGAGAACAUGCAAACUCCACACAGAGAUUCUCUGUCAACACUAGCAUAUCUGAGUCUAUAUUAUAUCUUAUUGUCACUUACAUCUAUAAUACAAGUGUAAAGGCGACUAUUGGGGUGUUUAUUUCAUAGUUAGUUCAAUAGGCUAGUGUUACUACUAACACUAUGAAAGUAUUUCAUUUAUAAAUAAGGAAUCCUAUUCGGAAACCAUUUAACGAUGAUAAAGAAGGGAUGACUAAAAAAAAAGGGAUGCGGGCCAAAAGUGGUUUCUGGGCCCCACUUUGGGCACCCCUGCUGUAAUAUAUCUAAUCACUGUGGCGACGACACACAACUCUGACUACACUGAUAAGGGGGAAAGACAUUUGCACGCUUCCUACUUUCCUAAUCUACCUACUGUACUUUCAUAAGUAAACAGUCAGUGUUUGUGUGCGCCAUAAGCUGCCAUGUCCUAUGAUUUGUUGUCAUUGUGGUGAAGAAUAACAAAUACAUCUGAUGCUCACUUCUGUCGCGUUACACUGAAAAUGUGUAGUGUGUUAAUGUGCUGAAUCCAUCUUGAAAUGCCAACAGAAUGUAUUAAUGUGUAUUUAUGUGAUUCUUUUUCAUUUUUUUUAGGUGGAAACAUAUUUUGAGAUAUUUGCACUUUGGACUUGUAAAUGCAGUGAUGGAAAAUAAAGUAUUGGUCUUACUGUCAAAAA